GCCACCGCCCAACUCGUCGGAGCCGGCCGCCGGGAUGCCUCAAGAUUCGCGCCCACCCGGGAUGCGCCUCUUCGGCGUCACCAUUGCGCCGGCGCCGGCGCUGCAGUCGGAUCACCCCGACCGGGAUCCGAGCCCCAACCCACCGGUGGCGGUGAGGGAGGACGUGAUGCGCAAGUGCAAGAGCAUGGGCAACCUGGCCGCCCUCGCCUCCGGCUCCGGGGACGUUGGGGGCGCCGGCGACGGGUACCUCUCCGACGGCGGGCUGCUUCAGUCAUCCGGCAAGCGGCGGAGGGCGCAGGAUAGGAAGAAAGCUGUUCCUUGGACUGAAGAAGAGCAUAGGACAUUUCUUGCUGGUCUUGAGAAGCUAGGGAAGGGAGACUGGAGGGGUAUAGCAAAAAAUUUCGUUACUACCAGGACACCAACUCAAGUGGCGAGUCAUGCUCAGAAAUAUUUUCUGAGACAAACUAAUCCUAACAAGAAGAAGCGAAGGUCUAGCCUUUUCGAUAUGAUGGCAAGCGAUUUGUCACCAGCACCAAAUUGCCCCAUCUUACCACCAACAAUGGCAAAAUACCAUGAGAUGGUAGCUAUGACUAAACAACUCCAGAAUAGUAGCUUGGAAGGAAUCUCAUCUUCAAACGCAGCUCCACAAGUUUCAAGAGAUCUUCCUCCCCCAGUCCCCUCUUUUAAGGCAACAAAUGUAGAUACAAGCUUCAGCAAAAUGAACCACAUGGGAUGCUUCUCGCGGAUACCUGUGCUGUUCAGGCCAGUUCCAGUAGUCGCUGAAGGGACACUUCCAUCACCUCCUGCGAGUGCCAGCAUAACUGCUCCGAUAUUUCAAGCUAACCCGACUUUAUGUACUAGCGUGUUCCUGAUCCCGCGAAGUGAUCCGCAGGCAGAGCGCCCAGCAGAGAACAAGGAUCUGGAGCUGACAGUCGGCCCACCCUCCCAACAGAACAUGACCAACAUUUCUUCGCAGAACGCGGUAGGCGUGAUCCAAGUUGUUUAAACUAAUACUAUUUUUUGGGAGUCGCAUUGAUGUCAUAGACAGUUGACAGAAUAAAGAUUAGCAUUUUAAUUAGCGAUACAUGAAUAAAAGCAGGAAUGAAAGACAGAAACCAUCAUCUGUAA